ACAUUUUUGACGGCAAAGUCCCGUCAACUGCACUCGCGAAUCCCAAUAACCAGUUAAAAUCAGAGAUUUCUGCAUAAAGGCCAGGCCACCGCAUUUGCUUUGGCAAUAUAUUUGUUGGAAGAAGAGACGAGCGGCAUUGCACAUCAAAACAAAGCAAUAGUGCACGAGAAUUAAGCAUCUACAGUAAGGAUCCUAUGCAGUCUUCAGAGCUGAUUGCCCCCACUGUCUGUAGGGUUGAGGGCUUUGCACAUGGUAACCUGCGCAGAGCUUCAGUUUCAGGUAGAUUUUCUUUAUUGCAUUCAAAAAAAGGAACAAGUUCUGUUUUCAUUGUGAGAUGAAACUUUGAAGUUUUAUUUAAGCUUUUACUGAUAUUUACUCAAUUGUGCUCAUCUGGACGUGGAUAUGUUUUGAGCUGACAUGUCAGUGAAGUUGGAAAUUUUUAUGUAAGGUGGAGAAAGGAACUGCUUAAUAAACAAACUGAACAGUGAGAAUACAGCCAAAAAGGUUCAGUCUCGUCGUCUUCUUUAAAGAGAAGCUCUUAUCAGUAAUGGAAUACAAGCAAGUGGAGGAUGUUCUGGUAGCUACCUUAAUUUUACUGAAAAGAACUUAAACAAUUUGAGAAGAGCAAAAAUAUAGAAGUAGAUAAACUAGAACUUGUUGCGGACCUCAGACAUGAAGGUUUAGAAGAUUUGCAUGGAAGCAAUGAAAAUGAUCAUUCUAUGAUGUCUGUAUCUAUUUGUUCAUUGGAGAAACCUUUUUGUGAAGAUAGGUCCUUGAUGGACUUUGCAUGCAAUGAGAAAGUUACAGAUUUGGAAAUGGCAACUCAAAGUUUGGCAGCUCAAAAAGGUUCUCAAUCUAAAGGAAACCAACUUAUCAAUCUCAAAUUGCAGAAUUUAUCAAAGUCCAUUAUUGCACAAUACCCAGGUAAUUAUAGUUUUGUACAAGCAAUACGACCCUUUGAUGAUGAUGGUUUUGGUUAUGAGAGUGGUCAUGACAGUGGCAGUAGCUCUAGUUUUGAGUUUCACAAAGGGAAUAGGGCGUUUCACAGGUCAGUUUUGGGAUCAUUUUCAAAAUCAGUCCCUUCUAAAUGGGAUGAUGCAGAGAAGUGGCUGGUAAGUCAUUCUUGUGCAAAUGAUCAUGACAAAAAGAAGUCAAAACCUCCUGCAGCAGGUCUGUUCCAAGCUAUUUCCACACAGUCUUCAAGAAAAGGGUUUGCUGCCAAUCAACUGGGGCACCGAAUGAGUAUUACAAAGGGUGUAUCAUCAAAUGCUUCAGUGGUGUUGGCAGACCAUGUGACUGUUGAGGAGGGUUUGUAUCAGGAUGAAGGGGAAACAAAGAAGAUUGAUUCAGAGUUUGACUUUAUGCACACAACCUCACACACUAAGUCAGUAAAUUCAAAGGAUUUUUUAGAUUGCCAUCCUUCAGAGGAUGCUUUCAGUCGAAAUCCACAUUAUCAGAAAGAAGUCAAGGAUGAUGAAGCAUUUUUAAAGACUUCACUUCAAAGUCUAAAACCUAUUGCGGAUCCAGCUAUUGUUUCUAGCAAGCAUGUUUCUAUGAGAGACAUGGGAACGGAGAUGACCCCAAUUGCUAGUCAAGAUCCCUCAAGAACUGGAACUCCUAUAAGAGCCACUACACCCGUGAUACAGAGUCCUCUUACUUCUCAACCAUCUACUCCAGGAAGAGGUGCAUCGGAGACUCUACUAAUGGAAGUGGCAGAAAGUGAACUCGGGCAUAGAGAGAAAGGAAGAACCAUGUUUAUGGGUAUAGACUUCCAAACAAAGGACGGGCAGGAAAUUAUGCUCCCUGGAGCACAUCUGGAGAAAGCUGAUGUUGUAGACUGGGCUAGUAAAGAGGAAGAGGAGAGUGAUGCAUCAAAAUCACUUAAGAAUAUAGAUUUGGAACAAGCUAAGAGGUACAUAUGGGAAACUCGAGCAACAGCAUGGCAAGAGGCCGAACAAGCAAAAUAUACAGCCAGGUACAAAGAAGAAGCAGCUAAAAUUCAAGCCUGGGAAAAUCAUCAGAAAGCAAAAGCUGAAUCUGAAAUGAUGAGAGUAGAGGUAAAAGUGGAAAGGAUGAAAUCUCAUGCCCAUGAGAAACUAUUAUACAAGUUGGCAGCAUCACAACAACAUGCAGAACAGAAACGUGCAACUGCAAAGGCCAGACAAGAUGGGCAGGCAGCUAAAAUCACAGAGCGAGCGGAUUACAUCCGUAGAACAGGACGGAUGCCUAUCCCUUUCUUUUGUUGUACCUUUUGUUUCUAGAAGACAUUUUUUUGCAUCUUUUUAUUUUAAAAUCAUUUUAACCCCUAUAGAUCCAAGCAAGAUUUGCUGUCAAACAUUAAUGGCAUUCCCUCCCUGUUUUCAUGCCUUCAAUUUGAUUGUAAUAUACACCUAGCAUAUGCAUAUUUGCGAGGCCUAAUAUGACUUAUUAAUAUUAUCUCAGUUUCUGUA